AUGAGACGCCUCCGGACCAGCAUUCGCGCGAGUCUGUUCAUGUCGGAAGAGGAGCAAGAAGUGGCCGAAAGGCGAGGUCUGGCCUCCCGCUCGCAGGAUGAGCUCAACAUAAUAUCGGACGAGCCGAUACAGCCCAGGCAAGAACCACGCCUUGCGUCGGCCUCUGGCGGGACCGGUCGGCCUAGAAGUCUGAGUGAUACCCUGGGUGAGCUCUUCAGAGUGAAGCGGAAGAAGAGGGAUCCUGCCGAGGGAGGGCUGGAGGAAGAUGCUCCAUAG